GUGCCGCCUUCUCGUGUGACGCAAGGCUUACGCUACGGUACGCCAUUUGUGUCUAGCAGCAAAAAGCGCGCACAGUGGAAAUAGUCGUAUAACAAGAGUUUUUUAUCCAGCUCUGAUGAUCGUGUUCAACUUCACCUUCAUAUGAUCAUAGCAGACUAUGAAAUGGAUAAAGAAUUGACAUCAGGAACGGAAGCUGUGGAGGACAAAGGUGCUGAUGAUGACACCAGUGGAAAUGUGCAGCCAGGUGAUGUGGAAAUGGAGGAAACCCAAAGAGACUCACCUGGUGAGACCACUAAGUCCAAUGAAGCAGAGGAGGAAGUCCCUGCGACGAUACAGCGGCCUGACUCCGUACCAGAAGAGGGGGAUAACCUCUGCACGGUUUGUGGCUUCUCAGCCAAAUGUCCGAGAUCACUGAAGAUCCACUUUUCAAGAAAGCACGGAAAGAGCUCAAAGAAUACCAAAAGAACUGUAAAGCCAGCUGAAGAACAUGUGUCAGACGGAAGUCCAGCUGAAAUACAGGAGGUAGACAUGGAGACAGAGAGCGCCGCCCAAGUGCAACAAAGCCAGGAGCCCGUUCUCAGCGAGUCGAGAUCGGCAGCCGAUGGCGAUGGCAGCGACGCUAAUAGUCUAACUAAAAAGAAAACCGUAUUGGACAAACAGCAGGCGGAUCAAGUCCCCUCCCAAGAGAGAAGAGUAAGCAAGAGAACCCCGAAACCCAAGAUGAUAUAUUCAUGCAACUUCUGUGGACAAGAGUUUCGCGACCAGUCCCCUCUGGAUGUGCAUAUCCAGAGCUACCACACCAAAGACACCCCGUACACGUUUGAGGCUGGCGAGAACACGGACCAAGAGAAGAAGGCCGAGAAUCCUGUCGGCACCCCGAAGGCCGCUCCGACUAGAGUGGCCCCGAAACGUGCGUUCAGCAGGUCCCAGCUCAAGUGUUCCCACUGCGAAUUCAGGGUCAGCAACCCGGCGCUGCUGGAAAACCACACAAGGAUAAAACACCUGAACCAGGAGUGGUACCGCUGCAAACUGUGCAACUUCCUCUCGGCCACGUCCGAGUGGAUGGACGCUCACCUGUGCUCGGAUGCUCAUGUGCAGCAGCAGAAAGGAGAGAAAAGCAGCGACGCCGCCUCGUUUGACAUCUACGUCGAGAGCGUGAGCGGCGGCGGCGGGGAGCUCGCCGCUGUAGAGAACACGGCUGAAGUGGCCUGUGGAGAGGAGGCGGCCGCUCCGACGCAGUGUCCCCAGGCCAAAUCUUCUCCAGCAAACGACGCGGCUGCGGAGGCCGCCUCGGUUGAGGAGGCCGCCUCGGUUGAGGAAGAAGAUUUGGAGCUCGAAGCCCCCAGAAAGAAGCGAGGCCGACCGAAGCAAGGGUCCUCCACCACUUGUGGGUACUGUGGCCUGGUCGUGUCCAACGCCACCAACCUCACCGUCCACGUCCGCCGCAAGCACAGCAAGGAGUACGGCUACAGCUGCACUCUGUGCAACUACAGCUGCGUGACCAAGGGAGACAUGGAUCGCCACUGCAUCACCAAGAAGCACGUGCGGCGUGCGCAAGAGUGCGCCAACAACAGCAGCAGCAGCAGCAGCAGCAGCAGUAACCAAGCCAACAAUUGCACGAGUGCGUCACCGCAGGAACCCACAGAAGAACCAAAGGCCGAUCCGCAGAGCGCCGACAAGGAGACGGAGUCUGACGACUCGGCCACAAAGGAAUGCAGCGGGGAGGACCAACCGCCGUCGGACUCGAGCCCGAAAAAAAGUCAACACGACUCGGUCGGCGCCUGCAGCUUUUGCGAUUUUGUCGCCCAGUCGAUCCCCUCGCUCCAUCUCCACGUCAAGAGAAAGCACACCAAAGAUUUUGAGUACGUGUGCCUGGCGUGUUGCUACUACGCCGUAACGAGCAGGGAAAUGUCUCGCCACGCCUUCACAGAAAAGCACAAGCAGAAGAGCCAGAGGUACCUGGAGCCGCUCGGCAGCGAGGAGCAAAGGGCGGCCGCGCUCCCUCCUGAAGAGGCCGCCGAGCCAGCAGAGGCAGGCCCCGAUCCUGAAAGCGAGGGCCUCAGCCCAACAGAGGUGUCCGAGUCUUGCUCCACGGGCGGCCCAAACGGGACUGCGCCUGCGGAGCCCGACGCCGCGGACGACAAGCGGGAAGAGAGCGCCUCGCCCUCCGGUGGCGGUGAAGCCGAUCCAAACAACGAGGCCGCAGGAGCCGCGGAGGCGUGUGAGCCCCAGCAGGCUCCGGAGGGGGCGGCCCCAAACGCCAGCGAGGGGCUUUCAGACACGGAACUUGAAACCUCACGCUCCGACACGCUAAUAUCCAGCGCUCCUCCCUACGACGCCUGCAUUGUGUCCAUGAAGGCCCUCGCCGAGCAGGAGCAGCAGAUGCAGGAAGACCUGGCCCAGGAGGGCGAGGUGGCCGCCGUGUGCCUGACCGGAGGCGGGGCGGCGACGACGACGACGACGCCCUCCGGCUUCCUGUCCCCCGACUCGGCGUACGUCACGAAGCUCCGGCGCAAGAUAAUGAAGGUGAGCGAGGAGGACAAGCGAAGCAGCACGCGCAUCCGCUGCGAGGACUGCGGCUUCAUGGCCGACGGCAUCAGCGGCCUCAACGUCCACAUCUCCAUGAAGCACCCGUCCAAGGAGAAGCACUUCCACUGCCUGGUGUGCGGCAAGUCGUUCUACACCGAGAGCAACCUGCAUCAGCACCUGACCAGCGCCGCCCACCUGCGCAACGAGCGCAACAGCGUGGAGGCGCUGCCCGAGGGCGGCGCCAGCUUCAAGUGCGUGAAGUGCACGGACCGUUUCGGGACGGAGCAGGACCUGUUCGUUCACAUCAAGGAGAAGCACGAGGAGCUCCUGAGGGAGGUCAACAAGUACGUGCUGGAGGACACGGAGCAGAUAAACCGCGAGCGCGAGGAGAACCAGGGCAGCGUGUGCAAGUACUGCGGCAAGGUGUGCAAGAGCAGCAACUCCAUGGCCUUCCUGGCGCACAUUCGCACGCACACCGGAUCCAAGCCCUUCAUGUGUAAGAUCUGCAACUUUGCGACCGCUCAGCUGGGCGACGCCAGGAACCACGUGAAGAGACACCUCGGCAUGAGGGAGUACAAGUGCGACAUCUGUGGGUGAGUGACAAGGGGCCACGUGCCACGUGCAUCGGGUGGCGACGCCGAGAGCAAAAAGUCAACUCACAACCAAACAGACUCAUCCACUCGUAAAGAACUAGUGGGAACCAUCAAAUCAUUAUACACAUCUAUAUGUACCGAUAUAGCUUGAUAGAUGUCUUGGUGGUGACGGUUAAACGAAGAAUGGACCCCCAGCAGGUUGUUUUUCUCCCGCCACCUGUUGUAGGGUCAAAUGUUGCUGUCAAAGAAGCAAUCUGAUAAUUAUCUUUUGCAUGGCCCACUUUAAAUUGCAUUAGUCUCGAGCCAAUUCAUAAUUCAAUCCAAUUUAACCCUGAUAAGCCUGACCCCUUCGCCAGAGAAGUGAUUCUGUUGUGAUGGAGAUCUCCUGUCAAAAACGAGAGAUUUCAAUCUGGAAAAAAAAGAA